ACCUCGGCUCACAAUGCAGCCCCAUGAAGAGAAACUGCUCCACGGUUUUAUCUCCAAACCAGAGAAAAUGACUCAACGCCGCAGCGUGAUUGUUUUAAAAAUGUGGCAUGUUCAAAAGCAAGGACUCAGACAUCACAUGUGAUCGCUGAUAAUCAGUAAUUACAUUUUCCUCCGUGGUUAUUGUCAGCUUCAGAGGGGGUGCUGUGUUUUUUCAAAAGCCUGCGAAAGUCCCAAAAAAACCAAACUGAGACAAAAAUGUAAAGAAAAGAAAGUGAAACAAACAUUUUGAGGUAAAAAUCAGAUUUCGUGCAGUCAGACGAGAAUAUUUCAGCGGCGUUGUGGAGCUGACGCACCCCGCCAUCAACUCAUCAGAUAAGAACGCCGCUCUGCGGCUCCUUCGGCCGAGCCAGUGACCUUCAGGUGAUGGAGGCGGAAACACAUUUCCUGGAGCAGACUUUUUUCAGAAGGACAGUUUCUUCUGUUCACAGUGAGAUUGCGGAGAGGACGCCUUGUGUUUCCUUUCAGGACGCAGAAUGGGAUGAAACUGUAUGUACAGUUGCCAAGGAGACAGCAGGCAGAGGGGUAGUUAGAGGCUGUUCACCAACACGCCCUCUGUUUUCAUUCACGCCGCUUCCCUGCUUCAUCUCCAGCAGUCACUUGAGGAGACGCUGGCAGAGCCCGGCACAGGUGAACUUUUCAGAGGAGUACUCCUGUUCGUGGUCCGGUGCUUACUCCAUCCAGGAGACAACUUCACUCCAGCAGAGUUCCGAGUUUCUGUUCUGUGUCUUUGCAGAGGGAGCGCUGCUGCAGCUUUAAAGGGACAUAAUUGAGUGUCAGUGAUCACCACAUCAGCUAAUGCAGGCAAUCAUCGAGCUUGACCCCCAAACAGAGACACAGAUUCCCAUCAGCAGCCUCAGCUGUGCGCCCGUCACGCUCCCACGCUCACUUCAAUUCUCAUUUCUCUUCUGGUUGCAGCUCGCUGGAGCCUGAGCUGAGGAAUUAUCUGCUGUCAGGACCUGCCCGGGACAGAAGUAGGGGGGGUGAGCCAUGCUGUCCGCCGCUAUUCAGAUCCUGGCGUUCGCCCUGGCACUCCUGGGCGUCCUCGGUGCUGUCGUGGCCACCCUGAUGCCCAACUGGAAGGUGAGCAUCAACGUGUGGACCAGCAUCAUGACCCCGAUAUCGCAGAUGCAGGGUCUGUGGAUGGAUUGCGUGUGGUACAGCUCCGGCGUCUUCAGCUGUACCGUAAAGAACUCGGUGCUGUCGCUGCCGCCGCACCUGCAGGCCGUGCGGACCGGCAUGGUCCUGUCCUGCAUAGUGGCGCUGUUCGGACUCUGUCUCGCCACUUUGGGGCUCAAAUGUACUCGCUGGGGGGGCAGCCACAGAGCAAAGGGGCACACAGCCAUCGCUGCGGGGGGCUGCUUCAUCCUGGCCAGCCUCCUCUGCCUCGUACCCGCGUCCUGGUUCACCAACGAAGUCAUCACUGCCUUCCUGACCACAGACCUACCGGACAGCAGUAAAUAUCAGCCCGGCGGAGCUCUGUGCGUCACGUUCAUCUCUGCUGGAUUCCUCCUGGCCGGGGGGGUCAUUUUUUGUUUGUCGUGUCCCGGGAAGAGAACGAGACGACCAGAUUGCGCUUCCCCCGCCGACCCCGACAGAUUCACGCUGCACCCAGAUGAGCGGAGGAGGCGGGGGCUGCAAGUAGAACGCAAUCAGCCGAAAAACAGAAAGAAGACAGUCCAGCUGCAGGUAGACAGCGUGAAGCUGGAGAAACCCACGCCGCGCAAGAGACAGGAGCAUCACUCGUCUCCAUCCAAACUCCCUCAAACAGACAUCAAGGACAGCUACAGCCUGCAGGAGUACGUCUGAAGCUCACGGCUGUACUGAAACGUGGAGCUGAAGCUGAGGCGCUCUGGCUCGUUUGGAGGGGGAGGUGUGUGUACAUGGGAAAAUUACCAAAUGUUGGAAAUUACAGAUUGUGGGUUGAGUCGAAAGUCUCAGCAGCAGAGAGAAAAAAUCUGCAGACUGUAAAUCCUUUAAAAACUGCCUGCCACAGCUUUCUGAUACCAAAGGCCUAAAGGCAAAAAUGCCGAACCUGCUGACUAUGAGAAAAGAAAAAAAAAACAGACAUUCAAGCUGUGACUGAAAUGGAAAAGCCAUCAUCUGACUUUAUUUUCCAGCUGCAGCUGCAGUCUGCCUUCAUACACUCAGCCAUGCACUAACAGGGCCAGCCCAAAGCUUUCUGGGGCCGUGACAGGACUUUAAAAGCCAAACCCCCCACCACACACACACCAAACGCUGCAUUACACUUCAGAAAGAAAUGUUGGCCAUACAUUUUAAUAAUACUGUGUAGAUGAUGUUUAUGUGAUGUUCAGAUACAUCAUCGGAUUGUGAAUCUAAAAUUUUAAAAUAAUGUCAAAAAGUUGAAAAAAAAAAACCCUGUUUGUUUGAAUCAGCACAUCCAGCUGAGGCUGUUAGUUUGGCAGAUUUAAACUAAAGCCUGACCUCAGAGUGAGGCUCAAAGUCACCCGUCACUUCAUACUGUGAAGUCUAAGUCGUUCAUAUUGCUGUACAUAUCACACAAAAUGAUAAUUAUUGGUGAUCAAACUUAAGAACCAUCAACAUCAAAAUGACAUAUUUUCCCCCUGUGGUGCUGCAUGUUCCUAAAAAACAGAAAUAAAUCAAAAGAUCACACUAACAGUUCAGGAUCAUCUUAUUUUAAAACAUGCAGCCGAUCAAAAAAAGCUUUAAGCAGUUUCAUCACCACAGCAACAGCUCCGCCUGCUUGUCACUGUUUGUUCAGUGUGAAUGAAACACGCCGAGUGCUUUCAGAUCCAUGACAUCCACAUUUAAAAAACAAGAGUAAGAACAGGAUUGGAUCAUCUGCAGCUAGUUUUCAGUAAUAUCCGGUAAACAGGCUGAUUCCAAAUCAGCUGUUUGUUAUCACAGAAAAAACACUUUGACAAGUCCAAGUGAUUCUAUCACUGUUUUUAUAAUUACUGAGAAAGUAAUCACAAGGUGUCUCAAAGGGCUGAACCUUUAGUCACAGAAUAUUAAAACUGUGGAACAUAUGAAGGGAAUUUUAAAACACCUUAAAACGUCUAAAAACAGCUGAACAAACUUGAUGAAUUUUGCUACUUUGUAUAUUUUUGAGGUCCUCGAAGUUCAAACCCAGAAAAUCUGUAAUUUAAUUUAAUGUAACUCAUUUUAUCCACUUCACUCAUUUUUACUUGGUUACACAGACACUUCCUCCAUGUAUAUCAUGGCAUGAAAUGCAGCAACAAUAUUCAUUUUAAUAUUUUGUCAGUAGCAUUCUUGCUCAUCACUGUGUGUGAUAAUUGCUUCAUACCAGCUGCUAAGCUAAUUAUGCUAAUAAAGCUGACUGUAGCUGUUUUGCUAGAUAACAGCACAGCCGUGAACCACAAUGAAAUCUGCCACAGAACGUUAGCAGCAUUAGCAAUAUUAGCAACAGUCGACUCGCCUAACAAGAAAUUAGCAAAUAACAGCAUGUUAGCUAAUGUCACCCAUAAAACUUUAUUAGAAUUCAAUGAUAAAGUGAAUAAAGUGACUAAAAGUCAUUGAAUGGCAUCUUCCAUGAGUCUGGUUCUGAUUUUGAUGGACAAUGAUUUUUGUUUUGUUUAGUUCCUUCUCUUUUUUCUUCUUUAACACAAGGAGAUGGCGAGUUUAAAAAAAAUGUAUGUCAUAGCUCACCCUGCUCAUGGUCCAUCAUAGUUCACAGAUUAUUGUCUGUAACAUCACAAACAUCACCUUGGGCACAAUUUCUGAAAAGACCCAUUAACUGAUAACUGUGUGCAAGUUUCAUUAAAAUCAUAUCAAAACUGUAGAAGACGUAGGAAUCGCUGUGAGUUCUCACUGGUCCUUCGGCCAGAUGAGCUAAAGAGCUAAAGUGGUGAGAAUAAAAUUAUUAAACAAAAGUUUAUUUUAAAAAACUGUUGCCUAA